AAAGAAAAGGUCACAUGGAGAUCUAAUGGUGUGUUGUCUUGGCAACAAAAUAAUUAUUGUAAGGCAAAAUCAAAACAAAGAUCAAGACCUCCUAGAUCCUAUACAUACGCAAGCUAGCUAUGGCUACAGCCACAAUGCCUCUGAGUAGAGCCUUCAAAGCAUCACCUGUCUCCUUCGAAACGAAUAAAACGGACUCACGACGUGUGCGAUUAAUCAAGAAAGGCGGACGUACGGACACCCUCAGUCCCACCACCCCACUGUCAGAGGACCCACUGCGAAUACUGGCUCCUGCUCAGAAGAAACUCAGUACUAUAGAAUCACAACGCGUACUGGGAGUCAUAGACGAAACCAUGAAACGAUUGGAGGGAGUGUCGACACUAUCCCAGUUGGUUGGAUCCAUUGAUCGUCUCUCAGUGUCUCUAGGAUCAGAGCUAGUCUUGCUACUGGAGGAGUAUAAAAGUCUAGUGGCCCAGUACAAUGCUCUGUAUCUGGCCAUGAAUCCAACAGGUAGCAGUACUACUGUGGACAGUGCUAGUAUCAGCAGGUUGGCGAGGGAGAGCUUCUCAGUUGGAUCACCAAACAGUAUCAGCAGAUUAGCUAGAGAGAGCUUCUCAUUUGGAUCGCCGCUUGGCAGCAGAACAAGUUUAGGGAGCGGAGAAGGGAGCUUACAUGGACGACUAGAGCCACUGGAGGCAGUAAACAGCGAGGAGAUGACUGAAGAGCGGCUAGUAGCUUUGGGGGAUCGGUUGCGACAUGUGGUGCGUUGUAUACUGAGAGGUCUUAAAGAGAAUCCGUCCAUCUCUCCACUACUGCACUCAGUGGGAACGUCCAAGUCAAGUGUUGCUCUCAUGGGGGCUAUGAGUGAUCUUCGAGGGAUUGUCAAUGAGCGGCUCCUAACAUCACAGGUGGAGGAGAAGAAUCGAACAGAGCACCUGAGAGUGGUGGAGCAGAGGAGGGUCAGUGCUGAGGAGCUCAUCAGAAAAUUGGAGGAGGAGCUGGCACAGGCACAGGAGCAAAUGAAUAAUGAGGUUUCUCUUAAGAACGAUGAGAUUAAGAGGCUCAAAGCGAACAUUAAGACAGUCAUCAAUCUAGCAGAGAACGCACAUCGCAAGACCCAAUUAGAGGCAACCAACCAGCAGAAGAGUGAUACCGCUUCCUUUGACAGUCGUAAGAGUGCUCUGGAGGAGGGCAUUGCCGGUCUGAGCAAGAAAUACCGCGAGAUGUUAGCUGAGCACAGAGAGAGGGAACAAGAACUCAGGAAGAGGGCAUUCAAACGUGAAACUGAGCUGGAGAACUGGAUACAGAAGUAUGACGCUGAGAUGGGCGAGAAACAAGACGAGCUGGAGCAACUUGAAACAGAGUUUGAUGAGGAGACAGGGCAACUCAAGGAGCUCAAUGAGAAACUUGAGAUUCUGAGGGUGGAGUACGAGGCAGUGAAAGCUGAACAAGACGAGGCACGUCGUCGUACAGAUGAGGCUGAUCGGAAACUGAGGCAAAUGACCACAGCUUCACGCGUCAUUCAGAGGAUGUGGAGACGCUACAUUGAGCAUAAGAAAGCUCUGAAGGCCCAGGGCAAGGGCAAGAAAAAAGGAAAAAAAGGAAAAGGCAAAGGAAAAGGGAAGGGAAAAGGAAAGAAGAAAAAGAAAUAAACUCACAAACAAUGCUCAAAAUUAAUAUUUUAUUAUGCCUUUAUUAUAAUUAUGUUGUGGUAGAGACGUUACGAU